CAUAGAAUGUAUGUUUUCUCUCGUUUUCAAUCGCUGUACAGUUUAGUAUAAAAGCCUAACUCGUUCGUCUUACAGUCAGAUUUAUGAAAAACUACAGCGCUAAUAGCAAGUCUAAAAUGAGUAUACGUGAUAUCAAGAUGGCCCAGUAUUCUUCAACACCGCGCAGUCACAUUCUUCUGCUUUGCCUACUUUUACUUGCCUUGGCUAUAUCUACCUCAAACUCAGCACCGUCGUACAGGCCACACUUCAAUCAAAUGAACAUUAUACAGAAAAUAAAAUUUUUGGAACGAAAAUUAUCAUUGUUGCGAAAUCGUAAAACGAAAUGUCACAAACAAGUUCCAGAUGCGCCAAAAUCCGAGGCUCCAGAUCAAAAUAACAACGAGAAUACAGAUUGGUCGCAAAGAAUAAGACAAACUUAUGAAAGAGUUACGUCUUCGUGUGGGCUAAUAAUGCAAUCAAGAUGUAAAACAAUGACAAGUCGAUGCCACGUUUCAAUGCUUUCAAAACGUAGUAUUCCAGAAGACGAAAACGGUGACGUCGUAGAAAGAGUAAAGAGAAGCUCAUACUCAGUGUCUCGACGAAAUCGCGGGAAGAAAAUUAAAGUUACUUGCAACAUGUGCAGAAUCAAUUGCUGGAGUUAAAAAGUCUCAUUAAGGACAAGUCGAAAAAUAACUUCAUCGACUGUGUAAUUAAAACAACUGGCCUGAGGCUAAUAAUCCUUCAAACAAAACAAGAAAUUAUAAGAGCAAAGUUGCAUAAGAGGAGAGUUACACGUACAAUGAUGCGACAGGCACUGAAAUGGAAUGUGCACAGUUACCUCGAAUUUGUCAUUAAGGACUAACUAAUCACUGUACAUUGUGGAAACGAAAAUUGCCGUUCUUCAAAGUGGAUCCUGCCGUAAAAUCCUAAUAUAAAUUUUUUCGUAUACUCCAUGAAUAUCGCGAUAAUUUUCAAAGCCUAAUUUGAGAGGCCAAUGUGAUGUGAAAAAUUAUGAUUGCGAUUUGAUAGAUUUUGACAUUGAAAAUAUUUUUCAAUCAUUAUUUGUAAACUUUCCUACGAACGUAUUUUUUUAUUCAAUCAUCCUACCUUUUUGCAGCUCAUAUAUUUCGUUUAUAUAUUGUGAAUUAAUUUAUAUUUACA